AUGUUUGUUGUGGACAUGAGGUCAAAAGGAGCUUUGGGAGAAAAAUUCCCAAGUCCUACCAAGGAGGUGGAUGACUUGAAAGUAGAGGUCUCUACAAGUAAAGAUGAGACCGAGAACAUUGAGAACCAACAAGAUGAAUAUAAUCAAUUAUAUGAAGAGUGCCUCAAACAAAAUAAAAUGAUGUUUUCAUUGAGUAUAAGGCUCAAAAUGAGUGAAGAUGAUAAGAAAGCAGUCCAUGUGGACUUGGUGAAGUCCAAAGCUCAUAUUUGUGGGCUUGAGGAAGCGAAGAAGUCCUUGAAGGACAAAUUGAACCUUCUUGAAAGUGACUGUCAUGGGCUUGUAAAGUCAAAGAAGAGUCUUGAGUUUAAAUGA